AGGGGGCGCUCGGCCGGACGCCGACCCCCGGGAGCGGCGGGACUGGAGGAGGCGGAGCCCAACCCGGCAAGAUGGCGCCGUCCGCCUUGUUGCGCCCUUUCUCCAAGCUGCUGGCCCCGGCCAGGCUUCCGAGCGGCUCUUCAGCGCGGUCGAAGUUCUACAUUCGGGAACCGCCACAUGGCAGACCUGACUGGCUGAAGGUUGGACUGACCUUGGGCACCGCCGUUUUCUUGUGGAUCUAUCUCAUCAAACAACAUAAUGAAGAUGUUUUAGAGUAUAAAAGAAGAAAUGGGUUGGAAUAAACUUUUGAAAUACUGAUACAGUAUAUAGUGUUUAUAGCAGUUCCUCUGGAUUCACCAAUCUGUUGAGCUGUAAACAUGAGAGAAAGCAUUACAUGGGAACAUAUGUCAAGUCAGCAUUUGUGUUUCACAUAAUUAAAUUUAAAAAUACUUCUGUUUUCUUCAGAUUAUGUACAUUGUGACAAUGUAUAGAAUGUCAUUUCUAAUGUAAAUUACUAGCAGUAUUUUAAUGUGGGAAGUACCAUCUGAUAAUAGGGUCAGUGGUAAUUAAGGACACAUUGGUAAGAAAACUUUUUAAGGCUAUAGAUUAAAAAAAAAAUCACUGCUGAGGGUUUCCUCCUUCUAUCAACUUCUAAUUUCUAAUCAGAACACUUACUUAGUGAUCGGGAUGAUGGAACUACUCCUCUAUUAUUUAAAAUACAAAAGAACCCAAAUACGGUUUUCUUC